AUGCCGCCUAGACGCAACGUAAGGCACGAGGAACCCACAUCCCAGGCUUCGGAAGAAGAAAGCGUGACGCAACCGCCACCACCACCUCCACGAGUAGAUAGGGAAGUCGUAAAGCUGUUCUUAGACCAAAAGCCUCCUACCUUCGACGGAAUGGGUGAACCAGCGAAGGCUGAAACUUGGGUACGUGCUUUGGAACGCAUCUUCAAGACUUUGGUGUGCAACGACGAGGAGAAGAUGAUUUGCGUGACGCAUCAACUGACCGGGUCCGCCGACUUUUGGUGGGAUACCAAGCUGAAGACCAUGCCCCAUGAUCGUGUGGACGGAAUGACGUGGGAGGACUUCAAGACCGAGGUAUAUGACAAGUACAUACCCAAGAGCUACCGCAAGGCAAAGGCAUCCGAGUUUCACAACCUCACUCAAGGACGCCUGUCCGUGACCGAAUACGACCGCGCGCUCUGUAACAUGACUCGCUAUGCGCUGGAACAGACGGAUAGUGACGAGAAGCUGGCCGAUAAGUUUCGUGAGGGCCUAAGACAUGAGAUUAAGAUGGCAUUGGCUGUCCGUGGGAGACUUACGUACACCGAGGCGAUGGCCCUCGCACUGGAUGUUGAGGCAGCGAUGCCAAAGGAGAGGAGCGCGGGGAACACUACGCUGGCACUACCCCCGCCACGCCCUAACCAUGAUAAGAGGAGAUGGGAGGAAAGUAGGACCCACUACGACAACAAGCGAUACCGCCCCACCCAGGACCGACCGCCGUACGGAGGAGGGCAGACUUCGUUCAAUCCGAGGAGCGACCCCCGGGCCAGGCCACCCCAAUGCGAUGUAUGCGCCAAGUACCAUUUUGGGGACUGUAGAUUGCCGAACCCGACUCGGUGUUUCAACUGUGGGGGAAACGGUCACUUCUCCAAGGAGUGUCCGAGUAAGAACGUAGGAACUGGGGUGAGGCAAAACAAUCAAGAAUUCCGUCAGCAGCCGAGGGCGCCACCAACGGGACCGAUAGUGAACCAGGAUCAACCUCAGCGGCAGUGA